UUUUUUUUUUUUUUUUUUUUUUUUUAAAUUAAAAGUUCCAAUCUCGUUUUAGUUUCGUAACGUCUGACCGAAAUUUCCUCUUGCACCUUUUGCUGUCACGCAUUGAGACUUUAUUUUAUUUUAUUGUUAUUUAAAUACCAAAUUUCUUUUUUUUAUUUUUUUUUUUCCCUGUUAUCUCUUUAUAAAGCCAAACAGUGGCGAUGAACAAUCCUCGGGAAGAAAGCCUAUGCGUCACGUCAUUAAACCGCUGUUAUCUUUUUAUACACACGCGUGACUCUUGGCGAGGGGAACCGCAGCGAUCGCAGGUAGUCUCCGUUGCGACCUGAGCGUGCGAGUUUGGCAAUAUACCGCUGCUUCGCCAAACAGUAGAUUUUUAUUUAUUUAUUUUUUUCAAAUAGUCAAAGCUUUAAAGUCCAUAAGAACCAACCGAGAGGGUAGGGGAAAAAAAAAAAAAAAAAAAAAAAAAAAAAAUAGAAACAAUGUCGGAAACAGCGCUGGUGCAUAAAAUGGAGCUGCGGGACCUCGAGUCGGUGCUUCGGAGGAAGCUGGGCGAUCAACUCGCCGUGGUCAGUUACGACACGGAGCCCCUGAUACCGUUGGGCGAGAACUACUGCAGCACGAUACUCAAGGUGCGGGCGAUCGUCAAGGACAGCGCGGACGGGGCGGAGCCGAGGGAGCUGAAUCUAGUUGCCAAAAUGAUGCCCGCGACGGAUUACCAGAGACAAAUAUUCGACAGUAAGUUCACGUUUAGGAAGGAAAAUUUUUUCUACCAAAAGCUCCUGCCCGCUUAUCAGCAGCUGGAACGGGAGUUCGGGGUCGGCAACGACGAGAUCUUUGACAACGCACCGAUGUUUUACGGAGCGAGAUCGUCCAAGCUCGCCGGGGACGACGAGGCCAUUGACGACGACGCGGUCAUUUUGAUGCAGAAUCUCAAGGUGCUGGGCUACUACACCAUCGACAGGAUGAAAGGAAUGGACGAGGACCACGCGAAAACGUCGAUAGUCGUGCUGGGCCGGUUCCACGCCCUGAGCGUGGCAAUGAGGCACCACAAGCCCGAGUUCUUCGAGGUGAUAAAGGAAAACUCAAAGUGCCUGCGAUUCGAGAUCGAGGAGGACGACGUGGAAGAAAUCCGGAUAUUCGUCGAGACGAUGCGCACCGACCCGGUCACCUGCCCGUACUACGAGGACAUACGGGCCUCGAUGGCGCUGGACCUGCACGAGGUGUGGGAGGGCUUGCCGAGCGCCGACUGGGCCAGCAUCAUACACGCCGACUGUUGGACGAACAACAUCAUGUUUUUGCAGGACCCGGACACCGGCCGCGUCGCCGACGUCAAAUUCGUCGACUUCCAGAACUACCUGUUCAUGAGUCCCCUGCGCGACCUCGUGUUCUUCCUGAUGAUGAACCCCGACAGCCACGUCAUGGACAACAAAUUCGACGAGCUGGUCGAUCUGUACUACGACACGUUCGUCGCCCACCUCGAGAGGCUGGGGUGCGACGUGGCGCCUUUUUCGAGGGAAAAGUUCGACGCGCGCCUCAAGAUCGACGCCUUCUGGGAGUUUCCCCACAUACCGUUCAUGACGAAAAUCAUGACGACCCAACUGAAGCACGACGACAACGUCACUGUGCUCGAGGACGUUAUCAGGAGCACGGAAAUGAGCCCGGCUUUCAUGGAGAAGAUACGACAGUGUGUGCUCAAGUACGCGGAAAAGGGAUGGUUUUCCGCAAAGUGAAUACACCCUUGUUGUACUUUCCACGGUAUUUUUCCCUCCUUUUUUCCUUUUUUUAUUAUUACAAAUCCAUCGGUAAGUUGAGCAAUAAUUUCCACUCCUACCCGGGGAAAAGAACAAUGUUUAUUGUACAGUUUUCACGUAAAAAUUCCUGUAUUUGGUCAUUUUUCGAAUAUUUUCCAAUUCAUCGGCAAACCCGAUGGAUCAACGGGUGUAAAUGAACUCGGAAUAAUUCAGUCAUUUGCGUUACAAUUAUUAAUAAGGAAAAGUAUGUCACAAUAGUUCAGAAUAUUGAAGCGUCAAAGCGUAAAUUGCGCGUUUUGUGAGGGGAGAAAAACUUAUGAUGCAAAAACAUCAUGUUCCGAUGUAUACAACAAAAAAAUUCACUCGUAUAUUAUGUGCAAAGAGAAUAAGCAAACAUUUUUUUACAACAACGAGUUUUGAAUACUGCUUUACGAUAAGACUGAUGAAGUUGUCAGGUAUCCAUAGUGACAUCGAUUUUGCAUACCAGUACUUUUUAACUCUUUGGCUUUCAUUUUGUGUAUCAACAGUUUAACGGUAUAGUAGCGCUGUAACAAAAAAACCUUUACCAGAGAAUUUUGAUAUUGAAUUAAUCCUGUGUUUGCUUUCGUUUUAUUUGCGGGUAAUGAAAAAUUACAGAACUAAAACUGUCUUCAACGCCAACAAGUCCAACAAUUAUUUGCGACUUAGCCAUAUAACAGAUGAUUCAUGUUAAAUGUUAUAUCUCCUUUUUGGCUAUAUCGACAUUAAAUUUUUGUACAAAACAUCUGUAUCAAAUAAAAUGAUUAUACUCUUCAGAGGAAA